AUGCUGACUGAAAGCAAGUCUGAUAAGCGCCAAGCUGAGAAGAGGAUUAUCAACAGCGUUCACAGCGGAGCCCCAGUUGAUCCAAGCUACUCAGGCCUCAGACCUUUGUCCUCAAACUCGAUAGCUGUGGCUUCAACUGCUCAGACUGCUACUCCUACUCCAUUGAAGAACAUAAGGCCGUUUGGCAACGCUGCUGGCUUCACAGCCCCCAUUCCCACUGUCGGCCCGAUCACUCAGCCACCGCUUCAAGAGAAAGCUGAGAUCAAUAAUGCAGAACAUCCUGCAAUUUCGAAACAAGUAAACCCUUUCUAUUGA